AUGGUGAGAGGUAUACCAAGAGUUAAAUGCAAAAGUAUGGGAUGUUGUUAUAUCUCUGGUAUGAUCCCUGUCAGUUCUACAGUUGUUCUCAAUUCUGUUUGCAUUUUCUGUUCAGCUGAGGAAUGUUUAAAGCGGGAAAAGGACAGGGUUUCUCAUUAUCUCCAUUCAAGUAGUGAGACUAAGUUGCUUGAGAAAGUACAGCAUGAGUUGUUAUCUGUUUAUGCCACGCAACUGCUGGAGAAGGAGCACUCUGGUUGUCAUGCAUUGCUUAGAGACGAUAAGCCUGUUGCUAAUAUAUUUAAGCAGCAUGUUACUGCUGAAGGUACAGCAGUUAAACAAGCAGAAGAUGCUGCUAGCAACAAGAAGGCAGAGAAAAAAGAUGUCAUUGGAUUACAGGAACAGCUUUUUGUCAGGAAAGUAAUCGAGCUCCAUGACGAGUUCAUGGCGUAUGUGAAUGACUGCUUUUUAAAUCACCCACUAUUCCACAAGGCCCCCGAGGAGGCCUUUGAAAUCUUCUGCAACAAGGGCGUUGCUGGGAGUUCUACUGCAGAACUUCUUACUAAAUUUGGUGAUAAUAUUCUCAAAAAGGGUGGCAGUGAAAAAUUGAGUGAUGAAGCCAUUGAGGAGACUUUGGAGAAGGCUGUAAAGCUACUUGCUUAUAUUAGUGACAAGGAUCUAUUUGCUGAACUCAGCAGGAAAAAGCUUGCUCGGCGGCUAUUAUUUGACAAGAGUGCCAAUGAUGAGCAUGAGAGGUAUCCUGACAAAGUUGAAGCAACAGUGUGGUGGUCAAUUUACAUCAAAAAUGGAGGGAAUGCUAGGGAAAAUCAAACGAGCUUUGAAGAGUAUCUUAGCAAUAAUCAAAAUGCAAGUCCCGUGAUUGAUUUGACUGUUACUGUCUUAACUACUGGUUUCUGGCCAAGUUACAAGUCCUUUGAUCUUAAUCUCCCAGCUGAGAUGGUCAAGUGCGUUGAAGUAUUUAGAGAGUUCUACCAGACCAAAACGAAGCACAGAAAAAUUACGUGGAUAUGUUCUUUGGGAUGCUUAAUUCCCUUUCAUGCGCCAAAUAUAAGAUUCUUAAUAAAGAGCCAAAAACCAAAACAGUUUCUUCGACGGAUGUUUUUGAAUUCAACUCCCAAGUUUACUGAUAAAAUGAGAAGAAUCAAGAUCCCUCUCCCUCCUAUCGAUGAGAAAAGGAAGGUAAUUGAAGUUGUCGACAAGGACAGACGGUAUGCCAUUGAUGCCUCAAUUGUGCGUAUAAUGAAAAGUAGGAAAGUUUUGGAAUAUCAGCAGUUGGUUAUGGAGUGCGUUGAGCAAUUGGGGCGCAUGUUCAAGCCUGAUGUUAAAGCAAUCAAGAAGAGGGUUGAAGAUUUGAUCACUAGGGACUAUUUGGAGAGGGACAAAGACAAUCCUAACUUGUUCAAAUACUUGGCUUGA